ACUAAUAAUAUUAAAAAUAUUAAUAUCAAUAAUCAAGCAAAUAGAUAUAGUUAGUUAAUGGUUUAAAUGAAAAAUUAUUUAUUUUUAACAUUGUUAACAAGCAUAAUCAUAAAAAAUACUUUACAAACAAUGGAAAGUGAACAGUAAAGCUUUGAAAUUACAUAAUAAAAGGAUUUCUUUUAAAAAAGAAACUUAGAUUUAAAUGUACCAAAUAAUUAGCGUAGAUCAUUACAAAUUGAUGAGAUGAAUAUAAAUCCUUUGCUCUUCUCAAUGUAUAGCCAAGAGGAGAUUAUGGAUAGUGGAGGAGAAUUUAAGCUCAAAAGCAAAAUUUUCGAUUUUCCUUCUUAAACUAUUGCUAAUGUAACGUUUGAUAUGAGAUAAAUGAAGCACACAUACAAAGACAAUACCGGGGAUAUUUUUACUUAUGAAGCUGACUGGAUACUCUGCAUAAUAAUGUCAGAAAGCAUAAUAUUAGAUAAUGAUUCUUAUUAAUGUAUAGAUUUGCCUUAGAAAUUAGUGAAUAGCUUGAAAUAGCCCAUCGAUGUAAUUCAUAAAUUCAGCUUAUAUUCAAUGAAAGAUUAGAAAUUAAUGAUUUUAAUUAAAAUAUUAAAUUCUAAAUAUUAUAGCUUGAGAUUAAAUUUUUUAAAUUCUGUAAGUGUAUCAUUAGAGAGUCCAAAGAGGGCAAUUUAUGGUGAAAAUUAAUCAUUCAUUUUUUACAUAAAUUAAAAACAAAUAACUGUUCCUGUGAAUGCUAUAAAUUUAGAUAAAUAAUUAUAAAUUGGGGAUUAUCUAGUAAGUUACCAAGAGAAUUAUUAUAAUUAACUACCUCUUGAGUAAAAUGAUUUAACAUAAACUAAUGCAGCACUUUCUACAGAUACAUAUUUUUCAAAGCUAAAGGGAGUUUUUAUGCCUUAUAUUCCUUAUUUUAGUAAUUGCAGAUAGUUUGGAAGUAUGGGAUUUUUUUAUUAAAUUACUGAAAAUCAUGAAAAUUGCAACUUAGUAUCACCUCAAAAUGUUAAAGUGAUAGAUCCAUUUGUUUUUGGAGAUAAACCUUAUAGUGAUGAGUGUGAAAAUGUCGGGUUUGAUUGUGUAUUAGAUGAAUACACAUUUUUCCCGUUUACUUAAGAUUUAUGGUAUCGUUAGCAAAAAGAGUAAGCUUUGUUUUCUAUGAAAGCAAGUCCAUAUCAAUUUAAUUCAGAAGAAGCCAACUCAGAUGAAAUCCCAAUUGAUGAUUUAGUAGAAAUUUAAAUUGAUUCAGAAGUACCUGAAAACAAAUUGCCAAAAAAGAUAUCUCUGUAAAUCAACUAUUACCAAAUAAACAGCCUGGAAAAAUAAAUAAUUAAUGGCUAAAUAAAUUUCGAAAGCUUUGUAACUCCUACAGAUGAUUAAGCUAAUGGAAAAGAACCAUUUAAUUAUGAUCUUUUAGUUUCUUUUCAUAGCAUGACUUAAUCAGAACUAACUAUUGCAUUCGCCCUUGAUAUUAGAGUUUACUUAAUUAUGUAUUUUAUAAUUGGAUUUUUUAGUUUAAUGUCUAUCUGCAUUUUUACUGGCUAUCAUAUUAUUUUAAGAAGGUCAAAAAGUAAAUUUUAAACCAAAAUCAUAGAGUGCAUAUAAACUAUUUAUCCAAGUGCAAUCUAUGGCACAUUUUUGACUUUGAUUCCUUUAGGGAUUAUUUUAAUAUUGAAUCUUGCUAUUAUGGGUGGUAGAUUUUGGGAUUAUCAAUUCAAUAUUUAUGGAUGUGAUCCAAAAACUGAUUCAUGCCAAUUAACUAUUUUUGAUAACUACAAAGAUGAUGAAAUUUCUUUCUCAGAUGAUGAAAUGGAUAAUUUAAGAAAUGGAAGAUAUGGAUUAUCAAUAAUAAUUAUCGGGCUUUAUAUAAUGUAUGCUUGCUCAGAUUUACUUAUUUCUUAAAAUAAAACAAAAGAAGAAUAUAAGUUAGAGUAAUACGCUUCUGAUGGAAAUUCAUGGUUUAAAAGAUUUUGGGAGAAAUCAUAUUUUAUGCUUUUUUAUUUUUUUAUGAUAAUUAUUAUGGAAAUUAUCAUCUAAUGGUCAAUAUCUACAAAUUUUGGUGAAAAUGUGUGGUAUUACCUUUGCACUCUUAAGAUUUUGGGAAUGUUAUCUGAAAUUCUUGGAUCAAAAUUCUUUUCUAAAAAAAUACUUAGUGCUCCUAUUGCCUAUGGUUUAGAUUGCACACUGGAUGUAGCAACUCUUGGAGCAAAUGAUUUUAUUGACUUUUUGCUAUCAUUUUUUAUUGAAUAAGGGAUAUAAAUGAUAGAAAGAACUUAUAUAAAUGUAAUCAUGAAAGAAGUAGAAGAUUUUAUUGAUGUAGCUUAAGAGUCAUGGGAAGCUAGAUAAAAAGAAGAAUAGUAAGAUACUCUCUUAAAUCUAUCAUUAAUUUAAUAAGAUGACGGUGAAUAAACUUUAAAUAACUCUAGUGUGUAUUUUUCUGAUAAUUUUGAAGAGAGCUUUGAAUCUCUAUUUUAAAAUUAAGGAUCAGAUAUAGAAAAAAAUUAAAAAAGAAAAAAGCACUAAUUAAAAAUGUAAAGUGAUAUUCAUAGAUAGACUAAAACAAGUAAAGAAGAAUUAAAUUCUUCUUUUGAUGAAAGUGAUGAAAAUGAUAUCAAUGAAUCUUACUUCAAGAACCUUUUAGAUUCUAAAUUAUAAGGAUAAUAGUUAAAUAGAAAAAAUUAAUCUUAAAUACUUGCUAAAGAAAAAAUAAAUGAUCAAGCUAAUAAAAAGUAGAAUCUUUAAUCUUAAAAAAAUCAUGAAAUAGAUACUGACUCUGAUGAGGUUAUAGAUAGAUACGCAGAUUUUGUUAAUGGUAUGAUUGGUCCUCUAGUCUUACCAAUAAUAACAUCUUAAUGCUGGAUCUUUUAUGAAUAAAAUUAAAUUGCCAAUGCUUACAACAUAGAAAGAGAAUCUUACAUCUAUUACUUUUUGUUCACUGUGAUUAUUUUACCAUUUAGAUUAGCUAUUGAUAUAGUUUAUUACCAUUUAUGGGUUGGAUAUCAUGAUAUGGAUUUCUUAGAUUAUGCAAAAAAAUCUAAAAAGAGAUUUUUAUUUAGAAAGUAAGCAUGGAAAGCAAAUGAACCUAACAUUGAAAGCAAAAGUGAAGGUGAGGAAAGUGGCGAACAAAUGCAAAUUAAAGAAUAGUCAAAAAAAGAAAAUAGAAAAAUUGAUGAAGAAUUAGUAGAUCUUGAUAGGUGGUGCUUUUCUUCAUAGUUCUAUUUUGUUCAUAGCCUUUUUUUAAUAGGUAUGAUGAACUGUGUUUUUGGCAUUUAUAAUAUAACAAGUGCUUAACAUAAUUUAUUCAAAGAUUAAAUGACAUUUCCUAUUAUUUUUCUAUGGAUUAUUCUUUGCUACUUUGUUCAUAAAAUCUGUAUAGUUGGAGGAAAAUUCUUUGGAAUAUGGAAGGUGAAAUAAAAUGUUGAAACUAAUAUUGAAGAAAAACAAAAUGUUGAAUCUUCUUAAGGAGAUUUAGAAUAAAAUAUUAAGCAAUAAAAUAAAAAAGAGAAGGUCAAAAUUAUUUAAAAAGAAAAAGAAUAAAUGAAAGUUUAGAACUACAUCAAUCUUAAGAAAUCAUAAUUUGAAAAUCCUAAUUUUAGAAAGAAUUUUAUUUAAUCAAAUAAAUAUUGGUUGAGGAGAAACAUUUCUAAAGUUCUAAACAAAGAGACUAAGCAAAAAUAUAGAGACUUGAUUCUUGAGCAAAUGGAAAAUAUAAAUUUAAAGUUGAAAAAAAGAAGUGACUUUAAACACUAUUUACUUAUGAAGAAAAUGAAAAGAAUCAAAUAAAAUUUGUUUAUGGCAGAAAAUAAAGAAGCUUUACUAAACAACUCUAAAAAUAGCAACAUUUAAAACUAAAGCGAUCAGGAAUUUGAUGAUUACAUGUAUAAUUUAGAAUAAGAUUAUUACUUAGAAGAUUAAUAGAGGUAAAAUUUAUUUUCGCUUGAAGCUUAAAUGAAACCAAAUAGACCAUCUGAUAUUCCUAAUUCUACUAAGAUUUUGAUAAAAUAUUGGUUAUACAGAAGCAGAAACUAUUCAAAAGCAUGUGCUCUAGUAGGAGGUAUUUUUGAUAAAAAAAUAAAAUAAUAUUGCUAAUUUUGUGGCAACAAUUGGGGUUUAACUUGUUAACCAGAAUAAAAUGUUGAAGAUUUAUUUUUACAGUAUAUUCGAAAAAUGAAUUUUAAAAAUGUAACAACUGACAAACAAAAAGAUGGUUGGUAGGAUUAUUUUUAGGAAUAAUGUUUGUUCAGAACAGAGUGCUUUGAUUGUAAUUAAUUGGCAGCUGACAAUUUUUAAAAAAUAUGUAAAGAAAAUAAGAUAAAAGCUCAUAUAAAUUAUAAAGCUAGCUGCUAUUUAAAUUGUAAUAAAAAUAUGUCUCAAUAAUUUUUACUAGAGCUUCAACAAGAUGAAAAUAGUCAAAAUUUGUUUGGGUCUACUGUUGAAGAUAGAGGAGAUUACACUCCUAUAGAUGAAGAGGAAGAAUAAAAAAAUUAAUAAUAAUUAGUAAAAGCAAAAUAGCUAGACAUUAAAUAGUAUUAAAUUCAACCUAAAUAAUUUUAAGAUCAAAGACAAAAUAAAAUGCUUGGAUUGAGACGAAUGAACUAAAUAACACCUGCUUCAACUUAAAGAGACAGUUUAUAAGAUUUAUCUUUUCUUGUAUCUAAUAAAUCGACAAGCAGACAGCCUUUUAUUUCGUAAUAAACAAAUGAAUUUACAAAUACAUAGAUACCUAUAAGUGAGAUUAACUUGGAUAAAAGUUAAACGAAGUUUUAAAAGUAUUAAAAGAACUUUGUAGAAUCAACAUUAAAGCAAAAUUACCUUUAAAGUGAAAAACUAAUUUCAGAUAUUUAACUUAACAGUUUUGCCGAAAAUUAGACACUAUUUAAUGAUGAGGAUAAUAUAAAACUAUCUAAUAGAAGCUAUAAUGUUUAUUCUUCCAUAAAUAAGUUUGAUGAUUGUGAGAGUAAACUAGAUACAUCAAGAGGGUAAUUACAAAAAAUGCAAGAUUUUUAAGUAAGAGAUACUGUAAGCUUAUCCAGAUUAUUAGUUUCAUAAAAUACCUAUGACGUAUAAACAGAUGAAGCUUAUGCUUAACCAAACAAAUAAAUUUAAAUAUAAAAAAGUUAAAAUUAAAAUUUUGAAGAUUUUAAAAACGAAAAAACCUUAUUGGAUAAUAAUAAGUUUAAUUAAAAAUAUUCUACUAAUCAAAACUUAACCCUUCAAAUAAAAUUAUCUAAAUUUGUUAGGUUGUGGAAAUAAUUAGCUUAAGACAGACUUAAAAAUAAAAAUUGAUUCAUAAUUAAAUAUAUAAAGGUUGAAUAUCAUCCUUAAUUACCAAAACCUAAAAAAUGAAAUAUAAUUUCACAAGCUAUGAGUAUUUAGAGAAAUUAAAAAUUUAAUAAGAUAAAUUAAUAAAGAUACUAUAUCAUAAACAAAUUAUUUUUAGAUCUUUUUGGUAAUUAUUAUUCUUAAAAAAG